AUGGGCCCCUGUACCGCCUCCUCAUGCUGCUGCCAGGCCCGUAAUCUGCCAUGGGCCCCCGUACCGCCUCCUCAUGCUGCUGCCAGGCCCGUAAUCUGCCAUGGGCCCCCGUACCGCCUCCUCAUGCUGCUGCCAGGUCCAGAGUGUGUCAUGGGUCCCUGUACGGCCUCCCAUUGCUGCUGUCUCCAUCGCCACACUCUGCCAUAAGCCACUUUCAGGUCUCCUCACACUGCUGGUGGGUUCCAUUUUGUCAUAGGGUGCUGUAUGGCCUCCCAUUGCUGCUGCCUCCACCGCCACACUGUGGCUCCACACUCUGGUUUUGGCCCCGUGACUGCCCAAAUGAGUGAAGUGUGCGGUGAUUCUAAGAUCGACGGCACUCAUCUGCAUGUCAUACUGACUGACAGUAUUAUUUCUCUUCCCCAGCAGACUCCAAGGGCAUUUAAAUUAAAGGUACAGUGUUCUGCACUAAUAUAA